AUGUCCGACGGCGCAGAAGCGCAGCGGAAGCGGAGCAUGGAGGGGCAGCGCACGGCGGAGAGGACGGCCAAGGUCAACAUACUCUCCCUCCGUCUCGAACCCCCUUAUACAACGUCAACCCUCAUCGAGCACAUGCGCAUAUUUGAGAUGAACUCGGUCAAGAUUGCCUCCGUAUUCGGCUCCACCAACACCGCACGGGGUCGCGUUCGCGGCCAACUCCUCCUGGAAACCCUCCCCCAACACAUCGCGCGGGCGGUCAAUAAGCGUGAUCAGCACAUCACCUUCAAGAGGGCCAAGGCUGCCUUCUUGGACGUGGCCCGUGAGGCUGGUCACCUGCCCGUCGUCGACGAGCCAAAGUGGGGACCGCACCCGUUCCUCGACAUCCUGGAGUCGCUUCGGCCCGGGGACAUCUUCCCUCACGUGAACCAGAAAGGCAUCGUGGAGGAGCCAACCCGAACAGCAACCCCCGUCGCGCCGGACCCUGAUGACGUUGCGAGUGCUAACGAAGAUGGUGACAAAGAACAAGCUGGGGCCGAAGCCGAAAUCGGGGCCGGUAGCGACGGUGACAGCGACGCUGUGGCCGAGAUCCUCAAUGACGGUAUGCCCAUCAUCCUUCGGCUGUACCUUGUCCCGCGGCAGAAACCGCGCUCCCUGUGCUCGUACUGUUCCGACAUCGAGGACGACCAUGACAUCGACGACUGUCCCGACAAGGCGUCGGGCACUCUCCCACGCAACCGUCUCGCCCUCGCCGUGUACAACAAUCCCCACGGCACCAUUCCCGCCGAGCUCGACUUUGGGCUCUUCAUCCAGGCCCCGGCAGCCGAUCGCUUCGGCAACAUCGAAACAGCCACCAUUUUCCUCGCACCGUAUACUACCACCGAAGGCCAGGUGCACGUUGUGCGGGACUAUUCGCUCCUCAUCAACCCUCAGCCCAUCUACGCUGUUUCGCUCAAGCGGAUCGGAUCCAACGAGGUGGUUCGAAGCAGCCUCAAGGGCUCGGUUAUCCUCCAUUUUGGCGGUUACUGGUGUGGCAGUCCCGAUGGUGGGGCAGGCAUCGUCAUCCACGACGUGUACUACGUUCCCGACGCGCCGUGCAACGCACUCUCGAUCCAUGCCCUCGGCGACCAGUGGAAGGUCUUCGACAACCAGCGCCUGCUUCAAGGUCCCAACUGCGAGGCUAUGCUCGCUCGGUUCCCAAACGGCCUUCUCGCGGCCCAGCUCCCCGCCAUCCUCGGCCCGAAUGACAACCUGUCGCCCCCACCCGAGUGGAACACGCAGUCGUCAUUCUGCAUUGGGUACGCCCGUGAGACUGUCGCGGACAAGGGAAAGAUGAAGGACGAGCUGCCACUGGACCGGCCGCCGGUCGUACCCAAGGUCCCCACGACCAACAAGAAAAAGUUCACCGACCGACCGCCACCCCCUCAUCUCGACCGCAAGGACGAUGGCCCAGUCUCACGUGUGCCAGCCGAGGCAGCCGACGUCGACAUGGAAGAGGACAUGGUGCUCGAUACCGACGAGGAGACAUCCACGAAAUCGGUGCCCUCGCAACAGGCUGCAGCACCCAAGCUCAAACCUCCGAGUUCGCCAGCGGAGAUUGACGGCCCCACCCCAGCCCUCAUGAUCCACACCACGACCGGAACACUGUUCUCCCUCAAGCGGUGCAGCACCCCCGCCUCAUUCAGUCUCGACCCCACGGCAUCGCACCACGUCGUCAGAUCGGACAAGUUCACCUCGACGCACGGAGAAGCAGCCCCCGAGGUGACGUUCAGCUCCCAGAACCUCCACAUUCCACCCACCAUGCUCAACGCCUCGUCGACCGUCAUCCUCUCGGAGCGGUACGACCCCAAGGACCCGAGCGAUAUCAUCGGCGUCGAGAUCCCCGAUGUCUACUUUGCAGACGGCCGCAUCAAUGGGUGGUUGAACAUCCUCUCCGAGCCGCUUCUUACGAAGCAAGGUUGGGUGGUGAACUGUGAGGCGCGUGUGCUCCGCCACCCCAAGUCUGGUGUCUCGUUUGAGAUCCAGGAGACCGUCGGCAUGGACUUUGUUCUGGUGUGCACUUGGCAGUUGGAGUAG